AUAGAAAACUGGUAGUCGCCACACAAAAAAAUUUCUACAGGCAGAAAAAUCUGUAGACAAGGUUGUACUCAUAAACUGCUUAUGUAGAGACUACAUCCGACCAUCAUAAGCAUAUAAGAAAUUAAAUCAAGCAGUCAAACAACAAACAUAAAAAAAAAAUGAACGAUCACCCGUCAUGCCCGUGGAGCGUGCUCGCUCUGCGCUGUGGCGGCCCAGCGCGGCAUCGAGAGCACAAGGUAAGAAGACAUAUGGAUAUGGACUUGGUGCAGCGCAAGACGGCAGCACUUCAGAGAGUGAGCAGCGCCAUUUCAGACUUUGAACGUCGGGAACGAUUGGAGGAUGACAGUGUCGCUAGUGUCGGACAAGAAGGAGUGCUCGCAGUUGGAGGGGGACUACAUGGUCAUGGUAGACUACUUGUUGGAGGAGUCAAUUUCAAAGAACUCGUAAGUUCAUCGUCAUCCUUGAUCCUAAAAGGGUUGUAAGUCUGUGUCUGAGAGGCUCGACUAAGGGUUGCAAUUAGGAAAGGCAGUAUGUCUAAGUAUAUGAUUUUACUUGUUCCAGCUGUAGUAAAUGUUUAGAAUGAAUUAGCAAACAAAUAUUAGGUGACGAAGAGCACCACGAGCAGGCAGAAGCAGCAACUACGGGGUCAGCGGACGAUAGAGACGAAGCACAACGGCAACGGAAAAAAUUUGUAGUUAUAUGAUCAUUUGAUGGUUGGCCAGAUGGAUUUUCUACAAGCUCGAGAUGUAGUUUCUCAUGAUACUACGGUUGUGAUCAGAUAGUAACGCCUCACUCUUUAUCAACUCCGUGCUCCUAGAAACACCACAUCCUUCAUCACGUCCCUGCUCCCGCACCACCCAACCGCAACCCCCCACCCUCAACUCCUUACAGAUCCCUCGACGAAACAGCGACUGUGCAUUUUACGACUAUGGAGCUAUAUCAGGCAAAGCUGCGACGUUGUGGAGACACGUCAUCAAGCACAAUAGACAUCGGGAUUUAGACAGAGGCGAACUUUACAACAGCCAUAGACGAAUCUACACGAAUAACCCGUUGCCAGGUACUAGUUCUUGUAUUUUUCAUUUCAUCUGCCCUAAUUAAACUUAUAACUAAAUCUUAUAAGAUACUACUUGUAGUUCUAGUACUUCCAACACACGGUAUUAAUAGUGAUACUUGCUCUUCCAUCAGGUAUGUCACCAAGUAGUUGGAAUCGGCAGGAGGCUAUUUUACUGCCAAAAGAGCUGAAAUACAAGAGUCCAAGUAUUGUGCCGAAUAAGGAACGAGCUUCCUUAGGUCUGAUUCAUAUGCUAAAUCCAGUGUGUUGGGCCAAGUACCGCGACCUUACGGGGAAAGGUAAUAAUUGAUAUGGUUAAAUGGACUACUAGUUUGAUGAAAAUGUAGAUUUGAUUUGAAUUUCGGAGAAAUGUUGUGAGAAUCAUACCAAGCCGCGGAUUUUGGUGUACAACUAGGUAGUCGCGAUGGAUUGUGGAUACUUAUGUAUAUCUUGUUCUCAUCUUGUUAACAACCACAGCCCGUUGCCACCUGCAGCAAACUGGGAGAGACCUAUCCGGACGUCUAGUUGCUCACGACGGUCUUUCCUUAUCCCCUUCUCUGAAUUCUAGUAUGCCCCUCACCACCCGGUCGGUGGAACUGAAGCGGUUGAAAACGGCUAAGAACUUAGACAAAACUGCAGCCGAAGAAAUCCUGAUAUCACGGAGACAGUACCAAGCACACUUAAGGUCAGCCUUUAUCCAUCUCUCAGAGCAUCUCGAUGGCCUUUUCCCUUGUUUUUCAUCAGAAAGGGUUCGAGAUGCGGGGACCGAGAUGGAUAAAAGCUGACUCUAACACACAAGUGGGGCCGUGCGUUGGAGCCUUGGCGCGAUUAUGAUCCCAUUCCGAAAGGCUGUGCACCGGCGUCAAGAAUCUGCACUGAAAAUAAGAUGAUUAUGAAUGAUGUUGCUUUACUGCAUAGAGAAUCGAUUGAAUGCGGUGUCGUGAUGACGGUGUUGUAGUAAAAUACUUUCGAAGAAGAUAGAGGUUUUUGCUUUGUCAUUCUCAACAUUUACAUACUUACAAUCAUUACCUCUUUUUUCACACACACUUCUUCUCCCGUAACCCCUUCCCUAUGUUCAUCCCAAGCAGCAUCGCUUCUCUCCCUACCUCCCUGACUGGAGCUGCAACACGAUGUGAACGGUUAGGAGUUUCACACUUAGCCGAGUGCGCCUUCCGAGACGCCCAUGAACAUUCUGGGUUGGACAUGCAUUUAGAACGAAAUAAAGACCAGAUGGACAUGACCGGAAGUGGCAUGGAACAAAAAAUGCUGAUGACAAAUUCUUUAUGGCGUGAUUGGGUUGUUUUUUCGCUGCUGGCACUGAGCGUGGAAUGUCGUUUCGUUGGAUGUUAUAGGCCGUAGUUUGGAACAACUGAAUCUUGAUGUCUCUAGAACCCUCCGAGAAGCAAAAGCUUCCGGUGCUGUCGUACAACCUUCCUUUUUUACUCCUCAUACUCUACUACGGCUUCGUCCUCGUUCCUGGAUCAAGACGGCGGCCAAGUGACCUUGGCAGCGCCACUGCCUAGUGGCGGUUCGAUCAACGCUCGGGAUGCGAAUACAACGAUUUGGAACACCAGUCCCAAAAUCGUGGGCACGGGAGUAACCACAACUUAAGGCUACUUGCAAGGAUAACUGGCAAGACGUUUAGUUUGGUUGCAGGUUGUAGGCCAACUUCUAAUCGUCUUCUUCAAUGCUGCCUCUAAACAAAUUUCGUCGGCGACAAAAACAUUGUGGCCGACGAUGAUGACGAUGUCUUGCCCGCGAGGACGACGAGGAAUUAUUUUCUUCCUAGACCUCACGCUCUACGCAGACCGUGGCACGAACGGGAAGAAGAAAGGAUAGUAGAGGAAGAGAGAGGUAUUUAGUUCUACUCCGAAUUUAGUUUUACAACAUCGUAGAACUCAAAGAAGACUUCGGGAAGUCGCAGGAUCCGAAUCGACUAGCGACAUCAUCGUCGUCAGUUUUACAACGUCACAACAUGCUGAGCUCAUUCAAUUAUAGUAAAAGAAUAUGCCAUCACAUCAACGUGUUGAGCUCAUUCAAUUAUGGUAAAUAUGUACCCUUUCUUCACAACUCUUUCAACCACGACAGCCGCUGCAAAAAAGACGAUGAAGACAAUGCGUUCCAAAGACGACGUUGUUGUGCAGAUACCGGACUUUCCCUCGGCUGUCGUGCCUCGUUAUCGUUGGAUAUUUGAGAAGCUGUUUCAUAUGACCAGACUGCGAAAAACCUCCGUGGUCAAAUUUUUCAAGGACGUUACGAGAAAAGAAAAUCAAGCACAUGGUACUAUUCUGAUUUUUGAGACAAAUAAUUCAGGAAGAGUCAAUAAGAUACCCUCCAACUGUUUCAGGAGAGGGCCCCUUAAGUGUUUCACCUGGGUGCUAGGUACGUGUUUCAGCAGAGGGAGCCUUAAGUGUUUCAGCUGGCGGCCCCCUAAGUCAGUGCUCCAGGGGGCAGCUCCUUAAAUGCCUCGCCUGUGUGUCCCUUAAGUGCCUCAGCGGGCCGUCCCUUAAGUGCCUCACCGGGCGAGCUCUUAAGUGCCUCAGCCGGCCGCCCCUCAAGCGCCUCAGUGGUCCGACCCUUAAGUGCCUCGGGCGCUCCUCCCGGAUAGGUGGCGACUUUGCUCUCGCUUAACUAGUGACUGUCGUCGCUUAAUAAGCGGUGACUGUCACCGGUUAAUGAGUAGUGAAACUUUUUGUUUGCUAUAGUGGUGGCAAUCACCGCUUUAUAAACAGCACCACCACCAAAUCAGGUCUCGUCCCCGCCGAGCGUUUUCAUGCUGCGCUUCACAAGUUGCUCGUGGUUCCGCAACAUUGGCCUCUUCGCCAGUCACUUGAGUUGGUCUACUACAUCCGCAAAUUCGAGUGGCGCGUGGACGGUGGGUGCGCUGAUGAUGGCAUGAUCGAUUUGUGGCUACUAGACAGAUUAGUGGACGAAAUCGGUCGCGAGAACGCAAGGGAUCAGCAAGCCUUUGAGUCAGCGCUGCAAAAGGCGGGAGAGCCAGAUCACAGUGGAAAAAUGCUCAAGUUCACAGAAGAUUUGCUGGCAAAACGAAAUGCCAAACUAUACGGAAGAAAGAUUCCAUCCAGAAGUCCGACACUACCCACACUGUUAGGGGAAAGCUUCUGAUAUGGUUGUGCUGCUGGGAAUCAACAAACUUCAAACUUGCUCGAAAGUAGACCAUAUUGGUAUCCAUGAUGAAGAAAUUUAUACAGCUUGUCUUGCAUGAAAAGUAAGCACGCACGUCAGAAUCUACUCCUCAUACAUGGCAUAAAAAAGUCUAGAUGUCAUACGAAUAUCGAGCCGUCUACCUCUACGCUGUAUUACUACAAAAAUCUAUGCGAUUUUCUACUACUCCACUGAUAUUAGCACAUGAUUUUGUGACGGAGAUAAAUCAUACUUACUAUUGGAAAAAGCUUGACUCGGUUACAUUGCGUUGAACAGAUAAACCACUAGCACAUUGAAUUGGUUUUGCACAGCCUAGAAUGCCCAUAGUUUUGAAUAUUUCUCUGAGUACAGAUGAACACUUUAACUCAUAUUUCUGAACAUUACCUUGCUUUGAUGUAUAGACGUAACCCAUAAUCCGUCAAUACGAACAUUUUUAGUCUAUUAGUUAUUUUCAUGUAGUUUUGCACAGUAUAAGUCAUUUGCUCUUCUUCUCCAGUAGUAUCUUGCUUACUUAUAUUACUCACACGGUUAGCACACAUCGUAGUCAGUUAGUCUUAGUCAUUUUGCGCCCCACAUUUUGUCAAAUUUUUGGACACACUAGUAGUUUAUUCAAAUUUGCGGAUUAGAAGUCAGACCUAGCAUGGUACACUCAUGAACAGAUUCCUUCGUCUGAAUGCUACUGCAUAGACCUUCUUCCUAGAGGACAAGCAUGACUAUGUGUCGCAAGAGUGUAGUGUCAACAUGACAGUACUAAGAUGAUAUUCUAACGUCGAUAGCACCAGCUAUUCGCGUCAGUGACCGCGUGAGCUUGUC